GACAAAAAAAUAUAUAUUCAUACAUAUACGAGUAUUCCUAUGUAAGAGUGGAAAAAUUUCAUAUCAACGAAGUGCCGAUUAACAGUGUUUAUAUCAUAAGCCAGCUUAUGACACACAACUUAGCGCGUGGCACUAAAAUUAGUAAAUAUUUUAAUAUGUAAAUAACCGAAAAUAAGCAAAGAACUGUCUCAAGUGUGAUAAAGAUGUGCAUGUGUGCGGUGGCAGAAUGUUUGCGUAAUGAGAUUUUCCUUCCAAUUUGGCGAGUUAGUGAGUAGCAGCCCUUGGGCUUGCUGAAUGAAAAUUCUCAGUGAUUGAUAAAGUGAAAAUAGCUGUGUAUACAUACAUAUGUAUGUAUAUGUAUACAUACAAAGAAAUGCUGCGUUGACCUUCCUGAACUUGAACCUGAAAGAACGUGAACGUGAAAACUAUUGCUGCAGCCGAAUUGAGCAGUCGUCAUUAAUACGUACAUAUGUACAUACUUACGCACAUAUUUAUGUACACGAGUGCAACCAAAUCUUAGCACUUGCAUGUGCGCGUGGGAGUGUGUGUGUGCUUGUGUGUUUGCCAAAGCAAUUCACUGCCGCUAAUAUUAAACGCUUAUACUAAAUAUAAAAACCAAACUUAGUGCCAACUUUGAAAUAUUUUUACACAUACAUUCAGUCACAGGGCGAGCUGCAUUCGUGACUGUCAACUCAUUCGCCAAAUUCUUUUGACAACAAAGCGCUCGCACCAACAACGUAUUCUUAGUGCCGUCGUCAUAGAUUGCCGCACUAGAACUAUACGAAUGAGAUUUACGAUUUUUGUAAACAAUUUUAGUUCAAUAAUAUCACACAACUUUUAAACGUUUUCGGUCUAUAAACAUCAAUGAGUGAUGGAAAAAGCAACGGCAUGCGACAACAGCGGUCAGGUCUAUCGCGCGACAACAUUACCCACCCCCAACAACAACGAAGGCUUAGAUAAUAGUAAAAAGCCGGCAUCAGCAACGUCACAGUCACAGGCGAAGCCAAAGAAAGUGCGUCGCGACAAAAGUGAUUUGGGUGAGAAUUUCAAAGCACCAGAUGGCGGCUGGGCUUGGUUGGUGUGCAUCGCUGCCGGUUGCUCGAACCUGUCGAUCUAUCCAUGUCUACAGCAGUUCGGUUUUAUAUUCCGCGAACGUUUGGGUGUUUUAGGUCUAACCAGUUCGCAAAUCACAACAAUUAUUAAUACGAAUCCAGCUGUGUCGGCAUGUACAGGACUCUUAAAUGGACCAAUGUUUCGACGCUUUACCUUUCGACAGGUUGCACUAGCAGGUUCAGUUUUCAUCUUCACGGGUCUAAUAUUAACAGCCUUUUGUGAUUCCUUUAUCGGGUAUAUGAUAACCUAUGCGCUGCUAUUUGGCUUUGGUGUCGGCAUUAGUGUGUCCGCCUCAUCACUUGCCAUAAACACUUACUUCAAGAACAAAAGACGUCGUGCAGCUGGCUUUUCGUGGACACUCACUGGUCUCGGGCCGAUUUUCUUGCCGCACGUAGUCACACUAUUUGUCGCGUAUUAUGGCGUACAAGGCACCGUAAUCAUAUUCGCCGCCCUCUCAUUGCAUUCAAUGGUUUGUGCACUUAUUUAUCAACCGGUGCGCUAUCAUGCACCGCAACCCGAUGUGCCCGAAGCGGCUGGAGAUUCGGGCAUCGCGGCAGGCGAAGCGGAGUAUCUCUGCGAAUAUUGUCAAAUACAAUGUAAACGUAACGGUAUCUUCUCCAGCCAAUACUUGUAUCAGGACGAUGACGAAGCUAUGCCUGGGUAUGAAAUAAUCGAGCCGGGCACGCCGAUGUUGUCACGCGCCAAUGACGGUUGGUUCGGUUCGAAGUUGUCGUUGACCUCAAUGCAUAGAACGGGUACACCACGCUUUCGUACCGUCUCCAGUUCGAAAGAUAUCGAGGGUAUAACUCGACUUAAUCGUGUGAUAUCUGAGGAAGAACUGAAGACGGCCGAGGUUUACAAACCGAACAACUUCAAACGUGAACGCGACGAAGUGCUGCUCAAGCAAUCGGCUAGCAAUGGCAACUUUCGUGCGCCGCCACAUUUUGGUGGCUUACAUGGUACGACGGCUCCAUUAUGUUGUACUUGUGCCGAGGAGCGUAUGCUGCUCGAAAAGGCGCAGCUUCGUUCAAGUCUUACCAUCAAAAGGCUGGAAACAACGGCGGAGGAAGACGAAGAUGCCACAAUGUCUGUGAAGAGUUUUACCUUCUUACAGAAAGUGGUGACUUUCUUUGAUCUCGAUUUAUUGCGUGAUUUCACGUUCGUUAAUCUGGUGUUGGGUUUAACGAUUAUCAAUUUCGGUGAAUUGAAUUUUUCUAUACUAACGCCAUUCAUACUAAAUGAUUUCGGAUUUACCACGUCGCAAAUUACUUCGGCUAUGUCAGUGCUGGGUGGUUUAGAUAUUAUUGUGCGAUUCAUCGUACCAUUCGUCACGGAGAAAAUACCGUGGGAUAAUCGUGUCUUCUUCCUAAUAGGCGUCGUUGGCAUUGCACUCGGUCGCACUGUCGUCGCGUGUACUCGCUCCUAUACGGUCAUACUUUGCACGUUCGUUUGGAUUGGAAUGUGCAAAGGUGUGCGCACUAUUUUCUGGCCUCUCAUCAUACCCAGUUGUGUGCCAUUGAAACGUUUACCAGCUGCUUCCGGUUUGCAAUUGCUCAUUUCCGGCCUAUUUACGUUUGCCUGUGGACCCUUUGUGGGCCUUAUACGCGAUCGUUUCAACUAUUCGAUCACCCUGCAUUUCCUCAACAUGAUGUCAUUUAUCGCUGCCAUCUCAUGGACGCUUGAGGCGUUGGUGCGCCGUUAUCGUCGUCGUUGUCGGGAUCGCAAACGAACUUGCGCCACAUGACUAUACGCCGUUAACGUAAUGUAAUUUUGCUUGAGUCGACGCUAGAUGCCGCUCCCGCAUCACAGACGCAAACCAAAUACUUUUCCAAUACACUUACCUGUUAUCAGAAAUCAUGUUUGUACAUGUAUAUGGACAUAAAUUGAAAAUGUGUGGGAAAUAUACUAUAUAAUAUAUAUAUAUAUAUAUAUAUGUAUAUACUUAAGCUGUACUUUAUUGUAUAAGUCUAACGAUUUUCAUAAUAUUUCCUACAAAAUUUAAUAUUACAAUUCACAUAGGUAUAUGAGUAUGUAAAUAUGUACCCACUAAUCUUCAUAUAAGCAUAACUAAGUAAUAAGUACUACAUUUAAGAUAGAAAACGUCUAAUUGCCUACAAAACUUAAUUUUUCAGCGCCAUCGGUAGUGUUGCUCAAGCCACGACACAGGCUAUGAAAUUGUCAAAAAUAUUCGAUCAAAACCUUUGCAAAUCUGAUUAAAUUCCCAGCAAAACAUUAAUUUUCUGAGGCGCCUGUUUUUGCCAAGUCAAAACGUUGAUGCAAAAUGUUGGGCAAAAAAUUGUAAAAAAAAAAAUAUUCCGCCAACCGUUGCCGAGAUAUUAAAAUUUCGCAAUUUUUGGAUUUUAGAAUAAUAUCUUCUUUAAUCUAUUCUAAUUGAAUUCAAAUGUGUAUAUAUUUGUAUAACAAAGUUAUAUUACAACAAUUCACAGAAUGUAAGAAAUAGUUAAUAAAUCAAUAAAUGUGAAUUUACUUAUUUUAAAAGUACAAAAAAGGGAAA